AGUAGAGUGAGGCGGGAAAUCUUAGCGCCAUUGCCGAAAGAGACGACUUGGUGCGCACAUCUCACAGAGUUAAAAGUUAUUCUCACCUUUAAAUAUAUUCCGAAGGUUUUUCUCUAAUCCUAGGUAUCACAAUGUUUGAGGCACGAUUGGUUCAGGGCGCUCUGCUCAAGAAAGUUAUGGAAGCCAUCAAAGAGCUUUUAAAUGAAGCUUCAUUUGAUUGUGCACAUUCAGGCAUUUUAUUGCAAGCUAUGGACAACUCUCAUGUGUCAUUAGUUUCCCUUAAUUUGAGAAGAGAAGGCUUUGAUAAAUACAGAUGCGACAGAAAUCUUGUCAUGGGCAUGAACUUAUCAAGCAUGUCCAAGAUCCUGAAAUGUGCUUCCAAUGAUGACAUCAUCACCAUGAAGGCCCAGGACAAUGCAGACACUGUCACUUUUGUUUUUGAAUCACCAAAACAAGAGAAAAUUUCUGACUAUGAAAUGAAACUCACAAACCUAGAUCAAGAUCAUCUUGGAAUUCCUGAAACGGAAUACAGCUGUGUGAUCAAGUUGCCCAGUGCGGAGUUUGCUCGCAUCUGUCGUGACCUGAGCCAGUUUGGGGAGAGCAUCGUUAUCAGCUGUACUAAAGAGGGGGUCAAAUUCUCUGCUGCCGGUGACAUCGGAACUGCUAAUAUUAAGUUGGCGCAGACGGCCACUGUAGACAAGGAAGAAGAUGCUGUGAUGGUGGAUAUGCAGGAACCUGUCACUCUGACCUUCGCCUGCAAGUACCUUAAUAUGUUCACCAAGGCUACGCCCCUCAGCCCCCAGGUUUGCCUGUCAAUGUCCCCUGACGUGCCGCUGGUUGUGGAGUACAAGAUUGAAGACAUCGGGCACAUUCGCUACUACCUCGCGCCCAGGAUUGGAGAUGAAGACAAUUAAGCUGACAUAUUCAUGUACCCAAAUUUCAGCACAUGCGAGAAUUAAUGAAAAUAUGUUUCUUUUGAAAUGAAAUGGUUUCCUGUAAGGCUGUAAUUGGCUGAGCUACCCGUUCCAGUCGCGUAAGUUGAGCGAUCGGAGCUGUCAACAUGAUCUGUACCUCGGUCCCUUAUUAUUCGAUUCCUAGUGUUAUUUUCACUCCAUAUAUUCUACUAUUUCGAGUAAAAGGGUUGGCUCUGAAUUUUUGCGCAAUAGAUUACGUCAUUUCGGAAAAGGGCAUAUGUAAUAAGAACGUAUUUUUUUAUAAAGUUGCUGUAUCCUCCGAUAAUAUGAUUGACUGGAAUCUAAUAGAUCGAAAUUUUCGUUGAUGUUUUGUACUGGGAGCGCACUUCUAUAUGCAAGUUUCGAGCUGGAGCAUGCGAGGAAUUAGUUUAAAUAUCUCUUUCUCCAUGGUUGCUGUUAAACGAUGUUUGUGAUUAUCCCUUCUUACAAUUCUUUCACUCUAGAGGUGGUAGAGUAUUUUUCUAUUCUAUAACUUAGAAUGAGCUAGACAAUUAGUUUAUUCAACUUUACCAUUAUCAAAUUUUAGUACAUUUGAAAAUGAAA